AGAUCCUGCAGUGAGUGCUGGUUUUCUUCCGGGGAAGGAACAGGUUUUGAACAUGGGGAUUGCUACACCUCUGUUGGGGCCCUUAUUUCUGUCUAAAAGAAUCUACUUGGUGACCCUCUUGGCUUCUCUUAUAUUGCUUCAUACCUGUAGAAUGGGUGCAGCUCUUGAUUCUAAGCCAAAUAUCAUUCUGAUGUUGGCUGAUGAUCUUGGAAUUGGAGAUAUAGGCUGUUAUGGUAACACUACUAUCAAGACCCCUAACAUUGACCAACUAGCUAAGGAAGGAGUGAAACUUACUCAGCAUAUUGCAGCAGCCUCACUUUGUACCCCAAGUAGAGCGGCUUUACUGACUGGCAGAUACCCCAUCAGAUCAGGCAUGGCUUCAAGAAAUGCCUAUCGAGUUUUGAUGUGGAAUGCUGGCUCAGGAGGACUUCCAGUCAAUGAGACAACUUUUGCCAAGAUGCUACAACAGCAAGGCUAUGCCACAGGCCUUAUAGGGAAAUGGCAUCAAGGUGUAAACUGUGAUAGUAACAAUGAUUAUUGCCACCAUCCUUUGAAUCACGGCUUUGAUUAUUUUUAUGGCAUGCCCUUCACACUUUUCAACAAUUGCCAGGAUAACAAACCUCCAGAACUGGAUGGAGCCUUUCAAGCUAAACUAUGGUUCUAUACACAAGUCAUUACUUUUGCAGUACUCACAUUUUUUAUUGGAAAAAUUACUGGGUUGGUGUCCAUUCCUUGGAAAGUGGUCCUCUUCCUUGCUUUGUUUAAUUUCCUAUUUUUUGCUUCAUGGUACUCCUCUUAUGGCUUUGUGAAAUACUGGAACUGUAUCUUGAUGCGCAACUAUAACAUCACUGAACAACCUAUGAAACUAGAAAGAACAACUUUUGUUUUACUAAAUGAAGCACUUUCUUUUAUUCAAAGUAAGAAACACAAGCCAUUUCUCCUGUUCGUUUCGUUUCUGCAUGUCCAUACACCUCUGUUUACAACUGAAAAAUUUGUUGGAAAGAGCAAACAUGGUACAUAUGGAGACAAUGUAGAAGAACUGGACUGGUUAGUAGGUCAGAUUCUUAAUGCUAUUGACAAGGAAGGCUUGCGAAAUAGCACCUUUGUCUACUUUGCUUCAGACCAUGGAGGACAUCUGGAAGGUCAAGAAGGAACAAUACAGGUUGGGGGUUGGAAUGGCAUCUACAAAGGGGGCAAAGGCAUGGGAGGCUGGGAAGGAGGUAUCCGUGUUCCGGGCAUAGUUCGAUGGCCAGGAAUGUUGCCAGCAAAUAUUGUUCUUGAUGAGCCAACAAGCCUCAUGGAUAUUUUUCCCACAGUGAUUCAUUUGGCUGGAAAAGAUGUGCCCCAGGACAGAAUAAUUGAUGGAAGAAAUCUUCUACCUUUAUUGCAACAAAAAGUCAAACACUCGGAACAUGAAUUCCUGUUUCAUUACUGUGGAAGUUAUUUACAUGCAGUGCGGUGGCAUCAAAAAGACAGUGGUGCUUUAUGGAAGGCUCAUUAUGUGACACCAAUAUUUUCCAGUGAAGAUGCAGGGGGUUGUUAUGAAAAAGGAAUCUGUCCAUGUUCUGGAGAAGGUAUCAUCCAUCAUGUUCCUCCAUUGUUGUUUGAUCUCUCAAGAGAUCCAUCAGAGGCCAAGCCUUUAUCAGAGACCACUGAACCACUCUUUCAGGAAAUUCUUAAGAAAAUAGAUGAGGCCGUGGAGAAGCAUCACAGAACUCUUACUCCUGUCCCACAACAGCUCUCUUACUACAACAUCAUUUGGAAACCAUGGCUCCAGCCAUGCUGUGGGAUAUUUCCAUUUUGUUGGUGCAACAAGGAAGCAAAUUAUUUGAGAAAAAAGACUAGCAAUGAUAAGCCUUUGGUUUUAGAAGCUGAACUGAACUUGAAUUCAGAUGGGCAGAAGUGAAAGAGGUGAAC